AUGGGGGGAGAGGCUGCUUGUGCACUGGGGUGGGGGGGCUGAGACCCUGUAGUACACUUUUUAGAGGGGGGGCUGGUGUGAUUGUACACCGGCCUAGUUACUAAUAUCUAGAAAGUUUCUCUGCGCACCCCCUCCCCCCAUUAUGUUUUUUAGGAGGCUCAUGCAUUAGGGGAAAAGUUAGCUGGUUCUCUAGCGGGCUUGGUGUUCUUCAGCUUUUGCGGGUCUGCUGUGCCACUUGGAGGGGGUAGAACAGCCAUGCCUCAAUUAAACAGCGGUGGGGGGGACGAGUUAGGGGCGAACGAUGAGCUGAUCCGGUUUAAGGAUGAGGGCGAGCAAGAGGAGAAAAGUCCCGGGGAGGGAUCGGCCGAGGGGGACCUGGCCGACGUCAAGUCUUCACUGGUUAACGAAUCGGAGAAUCACAGCAGCGACUCAGACUCCGAGGUCGAGAGACGCCCCCCUCCACGAGAGAGUUUUGAGAAACCUCGGGAUUACCUGUCUGAAGCAUUCAGGAGGCAGCACCAAGAUGCAGCUUUCUUUAAAAGCUCACCCUACGCAGGCUACCCGUUCCUGAUGAUCCCUGAUCUUGGAGGCCAUUACUUGCCCAAUGGUGCCCUAUCGCCCAGUGCCCGCACGUAUUUGCAGAUGAAAUGGCCUCUCUUAGAUGCCCCCAGUACUGCCGGCUUGAAGGAUGCCAGGUCGCCAUCACCUGCACAUAUGUCCAACAAGGUGCCAGUUGUCCAGCACCCUCAUCACAUGCACCCUCUAACGCCCCUCAUCACCUACAGCAACGACCGCUUCUCGCCGGUGACGCCUCCUGGACAUUUGUCACCUGAAAUAGACCCAAAGACCGGCAUCCCACGCCCACCUCAUCCAUCAGAGCUUUCUCCAUACUACCCGCUGUCCCCCGGAGCUGUAGGACAGAUUCCUCACCCCUUGGGCUGGCUGGUUCCACAACAGGGCCAACAUAUGUAUUCCAUCCCUCCUGGCGGAUUCCGGCACCCAUAUCCCGCGCUCGCCAUGAACGCCUCAAUGUCCAGUUUGGUUUCCAGCCGCUUUUCUCCACAUAUGGUGCCUCCUCCUCACCACAGCUUGCAUACCUCAGGGAUCCCUCACCCUGCCAUUGUCUCGCCAGUUGUAAAGCAGGAGCCAUCCUCUGGACACCACAGUCCCAACCUCAACAUGAAACAAGGCAUGCAAGUUAAGAAAGAAGAAGAGAAGAAGCCACAUGUUAAAAAGCCGUUGAAUGCCUUCAUGCUGUACAUGAAAGAGAUGAGAGCCAAGGUUGUAGCAGAGUGCACACUGAAGGAGAGCGCAGCCAUCAAUCAGAUCCUAGGUCGUCGGUGGCACUCUUUAUCGAGGGAAGAACAGGCCAAGUACUAUGAGCUAGCCAGGAAAGAGCGGCAACUGCACUCCCAGCUCUACCCGACGUGGUCUGCAAGAGACAACUAUGAUGUCAUGUUCCAGGGUAAGAGAAAGAAGCGGAAGAGAGAGAAGCAGUCCCAGGAAGCAGAAGUUUCCAGACCCAAGAAGGUGUGCGUUCAGCAUCUCCCUGCAGAGAAGAGCUGCGACAGCCCGGCCUCCUCCCACGGCAGCAUGUUGGACUCGCCAGCCACACCCUCGGCCGCUCUCGCCUCUCCGGCAGCCCCCGCUGCGACACACUCUGAGCAAGCUCAGCCGCUGUCCCUCACCACCAAACCAGAAGCAAGAGUGCAGUUAUCUCUCAGCCACUCUGCAGCCUUCCUGGCCUCCAAGUCUCCUCCGUCCUCCAGUCUGUCUGGGCACCUGCCAUCCUCUGUCGGAUCGCCGCUGCUCUCUCGGCCCAUCCCGCUCACAUCCUCUGUAUUGUCUCCACCGGGCAUCUUCCAGUUACCCCUGAUGCAGUCACAGCCCCUCUCUUUGGUGACCAAAUCUAGUGACUGACAUGAGAAAAUCCUAUGGCUGGGAUCCCUUCACGUCCAUGGAGUUGUACUCUGCAGAUGGGCACAUACUCUGCUCUGCACUAGUAUAUGUAUACUGCUUUGCAGAUAUGGAUUUUGCUCUGCACUGAUUGGUGUGUGUACAUAUAUAUAUGACGCUCUGUGAGUGGGGACCACUUCUAUCCUGCUCUGAGAUUCUACUCUUCAGGCGUGGACGAUGCUCUGUGGAUAUGGACACCACUGUGUAAUGGUGCAGAUCUUUGAUGUUGGCCAUGGUGGGGUCGCAUCACCUGACAAGGGACUCAUCUGAUGCGGCGAUCAGGAGCACGGUGGGCUAUUAAAGGGACACUUUCUUCAGUACGGUGGGGACGCCCAUGCACGUGGAUUACGGAUCAAUCGUACCUGCCUUCCAUCGCGCAGCCACGCCACGAGCCGCAUGCAUUAUUGGUCAAUAUUUGACCUUGCGGUUUUACGCUUAACUUGGAGAAACGUUUUUUUCUUUACUUUGAAGUGGAAAUAAUAGGAAUAAAAUAAAUCCAUGUAUAUUGUACAUACAAAUGUGCCCGGGUAGGGAAAACGGGGGUAUGCAUGUUUCCUUUUGUGGGAGGGUUUCUAUUUUGUAUGUCCUAAGGAAAAGUUAGGAGGAAGGAAAAAGUCCUGGUCCCUCUAAGUGCUGGUCUGGGGGCAGCAAACCAUUUUUUUUUUCUAUAUUAUAUAUAUAAAUAUAUUAUUUUUUAUUUUAUUUUUUAUUUUUACCUUUCUGGCAUUCCCUGGGUUACUAUCACCUAUAUAUGUAUUUUCUCUCCCACUUACUCUGAGGAUUGUUGUGUUUUUGCUUUUUUUUCCUCUCCACCUUUUCUUCUCCAUUCCAGUCUUCUAUACAGUUUUAUGUAUUUUUUUUUUUUUUGUUUGUUUUUUUUCUUUUUUUUUUUUUUUUAUGGAAAAGAAAAUUCUUGAAAAAAUGUGACUUUUUUGUAACAAAAUAGAAAAUAUAUUGUGUUUUAAAAUAUCCGGGUUAGUUCUUGUGAUUUUUAAUUAUUAUAUUUUUUUGGGGUACGGUUUGCGGAGAAGUAAACCUCGAGCAGGUAAACUCAUGUUGGGUUGGUUCACAGUACGGCUGUGUUACGAAGACCUCUGUGUGGACUGAAAACCAAAUAAUAAAGCACAUGAGGUGACCUGAUGAAUCCGCAGUGUUUGCACUAUUGUGUGAUGAAACGAACAUGGAUGAUCCUUUUACUUCUCCCAUAUAAAGCGCAGGAGUCCUGGGAGUCCAGUAACCAACUCACUAAAAUUUACUGCUGGCACAAAUCUUCACGCAUACUUCAUUAUCCGUAUUUUAUUAUCAGUAGCUUCCUCUACAAAUUUUUUUAUUUAUUUUUUCUUGUGAUGUGUGUUUUUUUUUUUUUAUAAUAAUCUUUCUAUAACACCACCAUAUUCUGCAGCGCUUUACAAAUCAAGAUACACAUCUCAGGAUUACAGGCUAAUAUACAAGGGACCUGCUUGCAAAAGCUUAUUUUCUAUGAGGAAAUGGGGGCGAAACAAAAGGUGUUUUAUUGUUUUUACAUGUGUUUUACCACAUGCAUUUUUUAUUUAAUUUUUUGCAGACCAUGCAUUUCAAAAAAAAAAAAAAUUCUAUUGUAAAAGUG